ACUAAUAAUUUGGAAUUUUUUUAUUAUUAAUUUGUGAUUUAGCUAAUAUUUUUCGCCUAAGCGACCGAAUCUAAUAACAAAGUGACUACUAUAUUUAUUUGAUUCAAAUUUCAAUGGCAAAUAUGGUAACAUAGAAUGACUGAUAUGCUGUUAGCGCAAAAUUGUAUUGGAAUCUUGAGGGUAAUGACUAAUGAAGUGGGCGACGACUGGAGAUGGGUUAGUAAAAUUGUAUUGGAAAGGUCGUGGGACGUUCCCCAUCUUGAGAAGUGUGAAAACUGUGAAUUAUAUGCCUUUCCAAAAGAAGCACAACCAAUUUAUUUAGUUUUGUUCAAGGCAUAACGACGAUUAUAUCAUUUGAAGAUCCUUAAGUAUAGAUAUUUUAUACGUUCCCUAAUAAAAAAUAAUUAAUUCACGAAUAUGAAAAUGGCACCAAUAAUCAAUGCUUGAUUAACAAUUAAUAUUAAAGAUCACGAGGAUUCUAGCAAAAAAUAUAGUUUUUAAAAUACUAAUAUUGUAUUAUAAAUCAGUUGGUGGAAAAGACAGAAGAUUCUCAAAGAGAUUAGUCUACGAUUUUGAUAGUAAUUGCAACGGAUAUUCCAUAGUAAUUUCAGAUACUUGCAUGAGAAAUCAUGAGGAAACUACAUCCAAUGACUUUUUUAGAUUCCCCUCUACUUCAUAUGCUUUCUUUUUUCAUUUUACGGCCAAAUCCAUGUGUUUUCUUUACGGUCAUUAAUCAUGUGAUAUUUGGUGUGGUAGUACACAUGUGGUCGUAGAGCAAAUUAAUAUAUGAGACGGUAUUUAAUGAAAAAUAAAUUAACUUACGGAUCAACUAUAGGUUUGUUUGCAAUCAGAUAAAUUUAAUUGGUGAAGACAUGAACCCGGAAGAAUAUAACUUAACCAACUUCUAAUUUAUAUAGGUUUGAAUUAAUUGACUCAAUCAAUGUAUAAUGGAGCUUUCAAUCUCAAAUUUUCAGAUUUCCAAAUUCGUUUUAUAAAAUAAUUUUUAGUUUAGCUAUCCAAAUCUCUUGAGCAUUUGUUAAUAGUGGAUUUUUGCGUGAUUAAUGUGCCCUAACUUGAAAAAAAGCAUAAAUGAUAUUUUCAAAUUUGUUUUAUAAAAUAAUUUGUAGUUUAGCUAUCCAAAUCUCUUGAGCAUUUGUUAAACGUGGAUUUUAGCGUGAUUAAUGUGCCCUGACUUGAAAAAAAUAAAUAAAUGAUAUUACUCGGUUCAACACCUUCUAGCCCUAGCCCGAGCCCGACCAUCUUUGAUCAGUUGACGGAAGAAAGCCAUUCUAUUUUGGGUUUCAGCACCAUCAACUGGGUAUAGAUUGUCAAGAGUUCUGCACCAUCAAGCCCGACCCAUCUUUGAUAGUAGAAAACGCCCAAUCCAUCUUUCUUGUGCGUAGGGGAUCAACGAUUAAUGAUCCAUGAAGUAAACCACGGUUUUAUCACAAAAUAUUAUACCGCUGACUUUUCCGGUACGAUAUUCGGUACGGUUUCAUGAACCAUGUUGCGUAGGGGAUCAACGAUUAAUGAUACAUGAAGUUCACCACUAAAUUAUGAAGCCCGAGUCUAACCUGUCAUAUGUGAUAUGUGAGCCCACAAUCAUCAACAAAUAUAUAAUAUAACAGAGUUAAGAGCAAUUUUUUAACCUUCUAAAUUUUCAGAACCAAAGGAUAUGGACUAUGUUAUCUUUAGACAAAAACAAGAAUCAUUACCAAUUAAAUUAAACAAAAUUUUGUUGUAUCAUUUUAAAUUAAAAAUACACAGAAAGUUCGAAUGUUGCGUAAUGAAUUGCAAAAUUGAAUGUGAAGAAGCGAUGUAGAAUUCUUAACUUAGCAUUAAUUUUUAGAACUAUCAUUUAACAAAGAUAGUUUUGUACAAAUUAUAAAUAACCAGUUCUUUGAAAAUUUUAGUUCGAGUUAAUCGCUUAAAUUUCUCGAAAAUCCGAUAUGAUAGGAGCCAUGUCUUUGAAAAUCAAUUUCGUAGAGUAUUUUACUUAUUUGCUUCUUUUAUUUUAUAGAGUAAUUAACUAUAUCUAUCAUUCAGAGUUAUUUAGUUUAAUAUGCUAACUAUAGCAAAAGAAAAAUCAUGAAGUCGGGCUAGAGUUUUCAACUUCUCACGGACAUAUUAAUGUGGUUAUAGACAUUCCGUAAAGUGAGUAAUUCGCCUAGAAUAUACUUAUAUAGGUCAGAUACUAUAAAUUAUGUCAACGAUUGCCACACUAGCUAUUCCAAUUGUAAUUAUCAUUUCUGUUCAAGGAACUCGCUACACUCAAACCCAACAGCAUCUUGCGAUUACAAUACUGGCGUGCUAGCACUAUACUAUAAGUAGUACUAAUUUUCCUUUGUAUUACCAAGUUCUUUUUUGUUCGUGUCGUCAAACCGUUGUUGCUGUAGUUUUGAAAUGCCAUGGAACUCUUGUUUGUUUAUUCACUUGGGACCUUGGAAUGGGCAAGAAAGCCACAUGGUAUUGGCUUAAUCCAAGAAUUGUCAUCUCCCAGGCUUAUAAUAUUUAAUUAAUACGGCAGCCAUAUAUGGACUAAACUAAAAAAACUAAUUAGGGUAAAGAGUUAAUAAGUUAGGGGAGCAAAGUUCCAUGUUAAUCCAAGAAUUGUCAUCGCCCAGACUGUUAAUUUUAGUCUAUGAUGGCGACAUGUCAUGGUCUCCGAGACCUCCCCAUUCCACAUUCUCCAAUGCGUCUGUUUACUUUGGAGAAUCUGGAAGUCUAGAAAUAAAGUGACCUUCGAUUUUAUCCAACCUCAUGUCCGUUCCCUAGCCAAACAAUUCUACAACCAGGUCCUCGAAUUUUCCAAUCUUCUCCUUCCUCCUCCGCCCCGCAGCUCUCUUAUCCCAAAUCAUCCUGCCGCCACUUGGGUCCCUUCACCAGAAGACUUUUUGAAGAUCAACGUCGACGCAGCUGUUUGUGCCACCGGUUGUUCGUCAGGGCUUGUUAUUCGUGGGUCAGACGGGCAUGUGGUGCUGGCUUUCAGACUGCAGCAUCAAGGAAUAUUCAAUCCUUAUCUGGCAGAGCUUCUAGCUUUUAGAGACGCUAUCUCCAUCGUAGCCUCAAGAUCCUUAACCCACGUGAUAGUCGAAGGUGAUUCCGAAGUGGUGGUCAACCAUAUCCGUCAAGGCUUCAUUGAAGACUCGAUUGGAGGUCCGGUGCUACGAGAGUGUCUUUAGAUCCUUAACUCUUUGACUGUUUGUAUAGAGUUUAGGGCGGUACCUAGAUCCGCCAACAGUGCUGCCCAUAGAGUGGCGCGUAAAGCACUGCUUUUGUCUCGUGUAGAGCUAUAAUCUUUUGAUUUUUUGGGGUGGCUUCUUUAGAUUCUGUUAGGGGUCCUGGGUAGAAUUGUAAGUUUAACUAUUUUCUUUCAUUGAUAUCACUCAGAAAUAAAAAAAAGUUCCAUGUUAAUCAAAACCAGAUUAUUACAUGAAAGUAAAACACAAGUACACAACCCCCAAUGCACGCCAGCUUCUCAAUGGCCUUAGUCACAUGGCUAAGUGAAUCUCAACCCUUCCACCUCAUUAAAAUUAAAGGGCUCCAAUUAAUCUAAUUUAAUGAAGGAUAAUGUAGUAA